AUGGGCCAGACCAAGCAGAUCAGUCCAGAGAAUGAAAGGAGAAAUGAUUCUAUCAUCGAGGAAAUUCCAACUGAGCAGGUUGUGCAAUGUGCAGCCAGCACAAGCACUGUAGUUCCAGAGACUGGAUUCUGUGAACAUCUCGAAUCGUGUAGACCCAGUUCAGUCCAUGCAAGCAAGGACAUGGCAAUUCCCUGCAGAGAUCAUGAAAACAUCAUUGAACUCAGUAAAGCUGAGAUUACUAAAAGAGACACAUGCAAAUUAUUGGCAAUCGCCAAUGCAUUAGAGCUCCUGAAGGUUUUCUUUCUCAGCUCAUCAUUGGGUUCAGAAGCGCAAGCUGCACUAAUAGCCACCUUUCAGCUUUAUUCAGAGAGCGAAAUUUUUACUGCCCUUUCCUUUUUGAGAGAGAAGAACUUCAUGGUUACUGGAAAUGGAAUGAAACCUGUAACCCUUUCUGGAAAAUUCUUCUUUAAUGCUUCUUAUUCACCCUUCCCAUUUGGUUCAGGGAAAAAAGCUUCUGAAUUUUCGAAAUGGCUUGUAGGGCAGCAAAAGAAUAUUGUGGACAGAACAGUUUAUUUGCAUCCAGAUCUACACUGUGGGGAACUUGUUCACCUGUUUUCUCUAGUAUUGUCAGGAGAGCUGCUUAUUUCACCUUCCUUGCCAAGCGGAGGACUUGGUGAGGCUGAUGAACCUACCAGCUUCAGUCCUUUAAUUGAGGAUACCAGUGAAUUGGAUUGCCGUACUCAUAAACGGAAGGCUACAGAGUUGAAAAGCAGGAGUAAGAAACAGAAACCUUUGCCCAAGAUAGAUAGUGACUUCUGCUACCGUCGAGAGAAAGGUUUCCCCGGUAUCCAAGUGGCUUUGACUCAAGAGAGGACUCAAGCAUACAAUCACAUACAAAUGUUACAUCAUAAAGAUUGCCUUAUGUUUACUUUAGAUAGGGAAAUGGGCUGCAAGAAUGUUGACUGCCAGGUUGAAAGCAGUGACAUCUUGUCAGAUCAAAAUGAUCCGAGUUCAUGUCGCUGUUUAUUGUCUGCAUCUCAUUUGGAGAAUUCUCAUAGUGGAUGGCCUUGGGAUGCUAUGAAAAUAUAUGCCGAGCAGUUGCCAUCAGCAUCUUGUAAUAAAAAUGAACCAUUCUUUCUUUCUUCUGAUCUGUUCAGAAAGGCAUUUUGUGUCAUUCAUCAAACUGGUGAACAAGGAGUUAAUUUGAGGGAAAUCUCACAGGCACUGCAUCCACUUGGAAUGCAAUCCAUCAGUUUGGUCGUCGAUAUUCUUGAGAGAUUUCAGCUGGUCAUGAAGGUCAAUGCAUAUGAUGGCAUGCAGAUUGUUGACUCAAUACAUAAGCCAAAAUAUCAUAUAAGCACACUUGUCAAAUACUGUCACUGCAACUGUUUGCGAGCCCCAGCUUCUGAAGUAGCAUCGAUUGAAGACACCAGAACUUUGCAUGGAACCGUAAGGAAGCUUGGUGACGGGCACACCCUGACAAUUCUUAAUGUUCAAAGGAAGGCGAGUUCUCAUUUGCGCAGCCAAAAUCCUGGAGGUGAUGAUGAGUCAUCUGCUUUGCACUUGGACAGUGGUUGCUGUCAUGUUUGCAAAAGUCAUAUUUAUCAUCCAAUAUUACCAUGGAUAAAUGGUGAUGGCAGCAUGAAUGGAACUGUCUAUGAAGGUUUAAGUCGUAGGAUUAUUGGAUAUGUCAUGCAGUAUCCAGGAAUUUCGGAGGAGGACGUUAUCCAUCGGAUGGAGGUACUGAAUCCUCAGACAUGCAGGACCUUGCUGGGAAAGCUGACAGCUGAUAAACACCUCUAUGUCCGGGUGUCCGAUGAACCAGUGCCAGCUGCUCCCAUCAUGCUGCAGAGUCUUUUGAGGCAAGGUCACUACAAAGAACCCUCCAAGUCUGGAAGGCGGUACUUCGCUAAUCCGAUGAGUACCUCCAUGCUGUAGGACGAGGCUUGUUCGGUUAUUGCUAAAGCUUUUGACAGUAGCAAUACUUUUCACAGUAUAGCCAUG